AUGGACACUCCAAUUCGUCGCGUCAUUGCAAGCCACAAUUCUCAAGGAAAGGGUCAUUUUACCUCGGACGACAUCCUUACACCUUAUGAUCCUAAAACCGCACCCGUCUUCUCUACACCAGGACCAGACUCUGGUUUUGGCGUCAUCCAAAUCCACCGAUCGCGCGGUUUUCCAGUGGACAACCUGAAGGCGGUCACUGAUCCGCAUAAAACCCUCGUCCCGCUUGCCGACACCAAGGGACCUUCUUGUCGUAUCCUCGACCUCCCGCCUGCCGACGCAGGAUGGUUCCGCCGCACGCUGAGCUUGGAUUACGCGGUGGUGUUGUCUGGCACCGUUGGAUUCAUCACUGAUGGUGGUGAAGAGAAGAUAUUGAACCAGCACGAUGUCAUCGUUUGUCGGGGAGUGAACCAUGAGUGGGUGAACCGGGGCAAGGAUGUUGCUAGAGUCUUUGCGGUGGUUGUGCCUAGCAAGGAGAUUGUGUUAGAGGAUGGAACUAGACUAGAGAAGACUCCUGCUGGAGAUAUCUAUGAUCCUAAGGAAGAGGAGGAUUGA